AGUAGGUUAUCAGUUCAAGCACAGCAUUUGAGUAGUUCACUUCAAGCCUCAACCAAAUUUAGCACAAUGUUCCGACUUUUGAUCGUCUCCGCCUUGAUCGCCACGAGCUUCGCUCGCAGCCUCUCGGAAUCGGAAGCCACAGCCAGCAUUCUGUCCUACAAUAACGUUCUCCAGGACGAUGGUCACUACAACUGGGCAUACGAAACCAGCAACGGAAUCGCGUUCCAUGAAGAAGGACUCGGUGCUCAUCAAGCCAACGGUGGAUACUCCUACACCGGUCCCGAUGGCGUCCAGUACCGUGUGGUGUACGUCGCCGAUGAGAAUGGAUUCCGCCCGGAGGGAGCUCAUCUGCCAACUCCACCACCAACCCCAGAACAUGUGCUGAAGUCCCUGGAGGAGAUCCGUGCCAACCCACCAAAGGACCAGAAGGACUUCAGCAUGGAAGCCCUGGAUGCCACCAUUGCCCGACUGAGACAUUAGGCCCUACCAAUUUAAUCGUCGAAUGAACUGUUACUAGUGCAAUUGUUAUUUACUGUAAGUAGUUGAAAUGAUCGU